GCCAAAGGAUUACCCUGGAUCCCCGAACCGCAUCUGGGAGUCUGCUGGGGGUCUUGGCCUAGCGUUGCUCCGUGGUUCCUAUAUGAAGUCAGUCCAGCUGUGCUUGUGCUGAGCGUACUACACGCUUUGACACACCACUGCCGUCUCCUAGAAGCAGAAUAAACCCAGGUAGAAUGUUAAUUGAGUCCCGAGACUCGGCCUGCUAACGCUCCCAACCCCGCCAGGAGACAGUCUCACAAGUUCUGGCGGAGGAAGAAAGGUUCGUGCGAAACCUGACUCGAACCCUGAACCUCCUGGGAAGUGUAGUCCACUGUCAAAAGAGUGGCGUGGAGUGGGUGGGGUGGAGGACUGACUAGGAUCGGUGGUUUCGGUCCGGUUCUGAGCCCGGACCCGACAGGGCUAGGGAGACGUCUGGAGGUGUCGUGGUCUGGGGGUGUCUUGGACAGGAGUGCGCAGACGCAGAUUCUCCGGCUCGCCAUGCUUGUCUUUGUUUGCGGGCCAGCUUCCUUGUGCAUCCCCAGGAGCUGCACUGUUGUUGCCCUUCAACACUUCAUGGAGUCCUAAGGGCUUAGCCUGAAUUCUGGGAUGCUGCUUUGCCCCCCAACUAUAAUGUCCAAGUCCUGGAUCACUUGUCCAUUUGCAAGCUUAAAAUCACCAGUUCAAACAAGAAGAGCAAUGGAUGUUUGAGGGAGAAAUGUAAAAGAAAGUUCUCUCAAGAAACCUGGGAAGUUUAUAAACAGAUAAGGACACAACAUGAAAGAUUUGUGGCUUUAAAUCUCAUCUUUCUCUGUGAAAAAAUACUUUUCUCUGAGGAAAAGUUUAGAAAACCUAGGAAACAGGAAACAGUAUUUCUUCUGAACACCGUCACUGGUUCUUCAAGACUUCAAUUCUUUUUGUAUGGGACUCAAUUUAAAAGAGUUUGCAAUGUAAUUUAUAUAUAUGCAUAAUUUAUUAAAUAAGAGAAAAGCUGCAUAAGAAAGAACCAUUAAGAAUAUAAAGACUAUGCUGUUUUUCAUCUGUUUUUCUCAUCUUGGGGUAAUCCAUGUGAGAAGUCUUCUAUCAUAAAUUUAACUUCUUUAGAUACCUGAGAAUUAAUAUUGAAAAGAAACAAUAUUAAUUUAGUGGAUAUGGAAAAGCUUUUGUCCUUAUUACAUCUCAAUAGAUACUUGGAGAAAACUUGUGUGCAUUAUAGGAAUGCUGGAAAUCCUUCAGCAUGAAUCAGACCUUCAGCAUGAUCAGAUUCAUACUGGAGAGAAACCUAAUGAAUGUAGAAAAAUCUUUAGCCUGAAACAAAACUUCACAGAGUGUAAGAAAAUGCAUACUAGAGAGAAAUCACAUGAAUGUACUGAAUGUGGUAAAGUCUUUGCUCGAGUCUCAUCCCUUACUCUCCAUUUGCGAAGUCACACAGGGAAGAAAUCAUACAUAUGUAAUCAAAAAUAUGGAAAAGCCUUCAGCCAGAAGGGAAAAGUCCUUCCUCAUCAGAAACAUCAUACUGGAGAGAAAGCCUACGAAUGUGGGAAAGCUAUUCAGAUGCCAACCCUCGUUACACACCAGAAUAAUCAUACAGGAAACAAACCCUAUGCAUGUAAGGAAUGUGGGAAAGCCUUUAAUGGCAAAUCAUAUCUCACUGAACAUGAGAAAAUUCAUACUGGAGAGAAACCAUAUGAAUGUAAUCAAUGUGGAAGAGCCUUCAGCCAGAAGCAGUACCUUGUUAAACAUCAGAACAUCCAUAGUGGAAAGAAACCUUUCAAAUGUAAUGAAUGUGGGAAAGCCUUUAGCCAGAAGGAAAACCUCAUUAUCCAUCAAAGAAUCCAUACUGGAGAGAAACCUUAUGAAUGUAAAGGGUGUGGGAAAGCUUUUAUUCAGAAGUCAAGCCUCAUUAGACACGAGAGAAGUCAUACUGGAGAGAAACCGUACACAUGUAAGGAAUGUGGGAAAGCCUUCAGUGGCAAAUCAAAUCUCACUGAGCAUGAGAAAAUUCAUAUUGGAGAGAAACCCUAUAAAUGUAAUGAAUGUGGAACAAUCUUCAGGCAGAAGCAAUACCUCAUUAAACAUCACAACAUUCACACAGGAGAGAAACCGUAUGAAUGUAAUAAAUGUGGGAAAGCCUUCUCUUGGAUCACAUCACUUAUUGUACAUGUGAGAAUUCAUACAGGAGAUAAGCCUUAUGAAUGUAAGGUGUGUGGGAAAGCCUUCUGUCAAAGCUCAUCUCUUACUGUGCAUAUGAGAAGCCAUACAGGUGAGAAACCCUAUGGUUGUAAUGAAUGUGGGAAAGCCUUUUCUCAGUUCUCAACUCUUGCUCUACAUAUGAGAAUCCAUACUGGUGAAAAACCUUAUCAGUGUAGUGAAUGUGGGAAAGCUUUUAGCCAAAAGUCACAUCACAUUAGACACCAGAGAAUUCAUACUCAUUAAAGCUCUAUGAAUGCCUUGGAUUUAGGAAACCCUUUAGCACAAUUUACACUUAAUAAUGUUUCAGAAAAUUCAUUUUACAUUAAGUGACAUCAAUGUAGGAGAUCUUUUAGCAGCAAUUCAAAAUUUAAAAUACUGUACAUUUAAUAAGAAUUAUAGUAUAGUGAAAUCCUGUCAACUCCAUAAAACUCCUACCACAAACAUUACUAAUGCUGUAGUUUAGGAUUAUUUUCAUUGAAGUUUGAAUCCAGUCAUGGAUACUAAGUAACUUGUUCAUAGAGUCCUACCAGAUGUAUUAAGAAAAGAGGUAUAAGAGGGGCAAGGAUUUGAAAUUAAGAGGCAAAAUUAUUGACUUUUUAUAUGUUUUGAUACAUACAUGAUUUUUAAAUCUAUGAUCAUCAAAAUUGUUGUUGAAGUAGUCAUAGGAAAUUGAGAUUAUGGCAGAAUAGUGAACUCAGAAAUAUAUCCAUGAAUUUUGGGGGAAUUGGUAAUUGAUAGAGGUAGUACCCCAAACUGGUGGGCAAAUCAUGAAUAAUUUUUAAAAAUGGUCUCAGGGUAAUUGAGUCCUUAUAUGGAAAAGUA